AUGUCAUUCGGUGGAUUCGGCGUCUCGGCGACGGCGACGAGCGCGAGCCCGGCGGCGGCCGACUACGACGUCCCGCCCGAUGUCCCCGACAGCAUCCAGGACCUGAGCUGGAGCCCGACGGCCAACGUCCUCGUCGCUGGCUCCUGGGACAACUACGUGCGCUGCUGGGAGGUCAACCACCAGCAGACGCAGUUCCAGGCGGUGGCCCGCGCCCAGAUCCAGCACAAGGCGCCCGUGCUCUGCACAGCGUUUAGCGCGGUACGUGUGCUACCGUGGGCCAUGGCGGCUAAGCACGUUCUAGGACGGCUCGACCGUGUUUCGGGCAGUUGCGACAAGACGGCGCUCAUGUGGCAGCUCAACGGGCCCGCGACCGGCCAGCAGAUCGCGCAGCACGACCAGCCGAUCCGUGGCAUCCGCUUCGUGCCCACGGCCAACUGCGUCGUCACCGGCUCCUGGGACAAGACCGUCAAGUACUGGGACACGCGUGCGCCGCAGGCACAAGCCACGGUGCAGCUCAGCGACCGCGUGUACGCGCUGGACGUUGUCUACCCGCUCAUGGUCGUCGCGACCGCCGACAAGAUGAUCCACUGCUUUGACUUGACCAAACCGUCGCAAAUCUUUGCCUCGAUCAAGUCCAACCUGAAGCUGCAGACGCGCUGCAUCGCUGCGUUCCCGGACGCGUCCGGCUUUGCGAUCGGGUCCAUCGAAGGCCGUGUCGCCAUCCAGCACAUUGACGAGAAGAAGAAGCAAGAGGCCGACUUCGCGUUCAAGGCGCACCGCGACACGGCCAACAACUCUGUCAACCCCGUGAGUAGCGUCGCGUUCCACACGCUCAACGGCAAGAUGGCGACGACGGGGACCGACGGCUCGUACACGUUCUGGGACAAGGACAUGCGCAAGAUGCUGCGCAACUUUCCCAAAAUUCCCAACUACCAGGGCAUUUCCGUCGGCAAGUUUAACGCGCAGGGCGAUAUCUUUGCGUACGCGACGUCGUACGACUGGCACAAGGGCGCCGAGGGGUACAACCAGCAGGCGCGCAACGUCAUUCGCCUGCACCACGUCGACCAGACCGACCUCACGGUCAAGGCUAAGAAGUGA